CUGCUAUUUUUUGUAAACUGUGCUUUUGACUAACUCAAAGUCAUGACUUUGUUCUUCAUUUUCUUUUCAGUUUUAUGGUUUUACAUUUUACAUUCAAAUCUAUGAUCCAUUUUGAGUUAAUGUGAAUUAAUUAGGCCAAGGUUCAAUUUUUUGCAUAUAAAUAACCAAUUUCAACAAUAUUUGCUGAAAAGGUCAUUGUUUCUCUAUUGAACUUUGUUUGACUUUUUGUCAAAAAUCAGUUGACCAUUUAGCCAUGUUUGUGUAGAUCUACUUCUGGACUUUACUUUCCGUUCCAUUGACCUAUGUACCUGUCCCAUCACCAAUACCACAUGCUGUAAAUUUUAAAAUUGGGAAGCAUAAUCCCAACUCUAUUACUCUUUUUCAAAAUUAUUUUUCAUUUCUAGUUUUUUUCCUUUGAUAUAAAUUUUAAAAUCUAUUAAUUCAUAUGUGUAAAAAAUCCUGCUGUAAUCUUGAUUAGACCAAUUUGGGAAGAAUUGACAUUAAGUCAUCCAAUUCAUGGACAGGGUAUGUUUCUCCAUUUAUUUAGAUCUUCUUUGCUUUCUUACAUCAGUAUUUUAUAAUUUUUAUUAUAAAAAUGCUGCAUGUUUUUGUUACUUAUGUGAAAUAUGGAAGUAUUUUAUUUUUUGGAGCAUUAUUAUUUUUCAAAAUUCAGUUUCCAAUUGUUAAUAGCUCAUAUAUGGAAAUGCAAUGGGGGUUUUGUGUGCUAACCUUAUAACCUAUGACCUUGUUAAACUCACUUAUUAGUUCCAAGAGUGCUUUUUAAAUUCUGUGGGAUUCUCUAUCUGGACAGUCAUGUCAUCUGUGCAUAGGAACGGUUUUAUUUCAUUCUUUUCUGUCUGCAUGCCUUUUAUUUUUUUGCAUUAUUACAAUGGUUAGAAUUUCCAAAGUAUUAUUGAACAGACAUAGAGUGUGUUCUCUUACCUUAUUCUGAAACUUCAAAGAAGAACCUUCAGUCCUUCACCAAAUAUGAUAUUAGCUCUAAUUUUUUUUGUGGAUGGUCCUGUAGCCAGAUAAGGAAGAACCUUUCUAUUACCAGUUUGCUGAGAGUUUUUAAUAACUAAUGGAUGUUAAAUUUGUCAGAUGUUUUUUCUGCAUAAAUUUAUAAGGUAUUUUUUUCUUUUCAGUCUGUUAAUAUAGUACAUUAACUGAUUUCCAAGUAUUGAGUAAGCUUGAGUUGUCAAUUCUUUUUAUAUGUUACUGGAUUCAAUUUGCUAAUAUUAUGUUGAAGAUUUUUAUAAUUACGUUCAAAAAGGUUAUUGGUCUGAAGAUCUCUUUCUUAUAUUGUCUUUGUGUGAUUUUAGCAUCAGGGUAAUGCUGACAUCAGAAAAGUUGAGAAUUGUUCUCUAGUCUAUUUUUUUGAAAAAGAUCAUGUCAAAUUGCUAGUAUGUCUUUGUAAUUGUCUGAAUGCUUGUGUCCCCUGAAAAUCUCUGUGCUGAAACUCUAACCUCCAAUGUGAUGGUAUUAGAAAGUGAGGCAUUUGAGAGGAAAUUAGAUCAAGAGGGUGGAGACUUCAUAGAUGAAAUUUGUACCCUUACCAAAAGGGUCCCAGACAACUGUUUUGCUCUCUUUCUACCAUGUGAUGUCAUAGCAAUCAAACACCUAUGAACCAGGUAGCAUGCUCUUAACACAUGCCAAAUCUGCCAAUGACUUGAUUUGGACUUCCCAGCCUCUGGAACAGAGAGAAAUAAAUUUACAUUGUUUAUAAGCCACCUAGUCUGUGGUACUUUGUUACUGUAACCUGAGUGGACCAAGACAGUCUUCUUUAAAUGUUUGAUGGAAUUUAGCAAUUCUACCAACAUUCUAUUCUAUCAAUAACGUGGGGCUUCGGGUUUUCUUUUCCGAAAGGUUUUCAAUGAUAAAUUCAAUUUCUUCAAUAAAUAGAGGUCUAUUUGGGUUUUCAUUCCUUCAUAAGUAUUUAGUAGUUUGUAGUUGAUCUUAUCUAAGUUCCUCUUUUUUCAGAGUUGUUUGUAUUGUUCUCUUAUUGGGUUUUAGUAAAUCCUCCCUUUAACUCCUGAUAUUUGUAAUUUGGCUUCUCUUUCUUUUUUUUAAAUUGUGAAUCUGGCUAUUUGUUUCAUUAAUCUUUUCAAAGAACCAGCUUUUUUGUACAAUUUCAACUCCUGUAAAUUUGUUAAGGUUUGUUUCAUGACCUGAAAUAUAGUCUGUGUUAGUGAAUAUUCCAUAUGUACCUGGAAAAGAGUUUGUAUUCUGCAAUUGCUGGGUAGAGUGCUUUGCAAAUGUCAGAUUCAGUUGGUUGAUGGUAAUAGUGAGUUAUUCUAUACUAGUAAUUCUCAUCUCCAGGCAAUUUUGCUCCCCAGUGGACAUUUGGCAAUGUCAAGAGACAUUAUCGAUUGUUAUAACUAGUGGGCAGCUAUUGGCAACCAGUGGGUAGAAUCUCCUGGCCUUACUCUGCUAGACAUUUUAUGAUGCACAAGACAGGUCUUCCCACAAGCCCUGUCACCACCCCAUGCCUGCUGAUAACAAAGAAUUAUCUGGUCUAAAAUGUCAAUAGAGCCAAGGUUGAGAAACCCUUUUCCUUGCUGAUUUUCUCUCUACCUGUUCUAUUGACUGCUGAGAGACAAAUACUGAUAUCUCCAACUCUAAUGGUAAAUUUUUGCUUUAAAUUUUAUAUUUUUGCUUCAUUUAAAUUGAAGCUUUGCUGUUUGGUACAUGCAUAGUUAGGAUUUUUUUGUCUCAUUGGUUAAAUGCUCAUUUUAUUAAUAAGUAAUGAUCUUCUUCAGCUAAAUUUUCUUUUUCUGAAAUAUACUUUGCCUAAUAUUAAUGAAGUCACUACAUCCUUCUUUUAGUGUUUGCAGGGUAUGUCUUUUUACAUUCUUUUAGUUCAACUCACUUUUAUUUAUUUAAAGCAGAUUUUCUUUAUAGAUAACAUAUAAUUGAGUCUUUUUCUUUUGUAACCCGUGUCUUUAUUAAAAGAUUAUGGUGUAUGAGGUCACUUUCAUUUAAUGUAAGUAUUGCUAUGUUUGAAUUUCAGUCUAUCAUUUUAAUAGUUGUUUUCUGAUUGCUCCCUCUGUUCCCUUUUCCUGCUUUUGUAUUAUUUUGCUUUCCUUCUUUUGUAUUUAUUUGAAUUUUUAAGGUCUGUUUUAUUUCCAUUUAUACAUUUAGUUUUUUACUAUUUAACGUAUCUUUUUAUAUAUUGCCCUAGUGAUUGCUCUAAGGAUUAAAGUAUACAUACUUCACAGCCUUCUUAGAAUAAAUCUUUCACCACUUCAAAAGCAGUAUAAAACUCUUACCACCAUAUGGGUCUCGCUGCCUUUCCCAUUAUGCAAUAGUUGUCAUGUAUGACAUCUACAUACCUUGACAACUGCAUCACACAGUGUUAUUUUUCUUUCAAUCACAUACAUAUUUUAAAGGUAUUUAGAAGAGAAAAAUACUCAUUUACUCAGAUAUUUAGCAUUUCCAUUGCAUUUCCUUUAUCCCCAAAGUUCUAAGCUCCUUUUUAGUACAGUUUCCCUUUCAUCUGAAGAACUUCCUUGGGCAUAUCUUUCACAGCAGCUGAGUUAGUGGCAAAAGCUUUUAUUUUUCACCCAUCUGAGAAUGUCUUUAUUUUGCCUUCAUUUAUAAAGGAUACUGUUGCAGUCUGGGUUGAACACCUUCUGAAAAAUGCAUCCUUAGGAGAUUUCAUCAUUGUGUGAACAUCAAAGAGUGCACUUACACAAACCUAGAUGGUAUACCCUACUACAGAUCUAGGAAGACUAGAUGGUUUAGCCUAUUUCUCCUAGACUGCAAACUUGUACAGCAUGUUACUGUACUGAACACUAUAGGCAAUUGUAACACAAGAGUAAGUAUUUGUGUAUCUAAACAUGGAAGAGGUAAAGUGAAAUUACAGUAUCAUAAUCUUAUGGGACAGCUGUUGUGUAUUCAAUCUGUUAUUGACCAAAACAUCAUUAUGUGGCACAUGACUGCACACACACACACACACAUAUUUUUAAAGCAGGACUUUUUACUUUUAAAAAGCACCUAGGUCUAUAGUAGGCUAUACCAUUUAGGUUUGUGUAAAUACACUCUUUGAUGUUCACAUAAUGAAGAACUCACAUCUGCCUUUAAACAGAGGCAGCUCAGGGUGAGUCCAGGGUUGCUACACAACUUUUGGAAUCACUUUUCCUGAAUUCCUUUCCCAUUGCAAUCUCUCUGACACUCUGCGACUCCCAGGAGCAUCUCUUCUCUCCCGACUUGUUGGUCUUCUGGCUGGAUUUUGUUUUCUAAAUCUGAUGCACACUUCUUGCAACUGUUUUUGCCUCUAGUGCCAAGUGGCAGUAGGGUAGAGAAAACAAAGCAAGCCCCCCGCUCUGAAGACCACAGUUUGAUCAAAGAAAAUGGUUCUCUUCUCCCAGUUUCUAGGUGCCUGUCUGGAUGACUCCAGGGACACAGAGUGGCCUGGGAUGAGACAGGAGAGAAGUAAACAAACAAGCAAACAAACAAACAAACAAAAAACAGAACACAAAACAGAUUUUCCCCACUGUCUCUGAACCUUAAAACUCCCUUUCCUGUUCCUUGGACCAGAAAAAGAGGCCCUUGUUGGAAAUCAGAAAUCUUUCUGUCCUCAUCUGGUCCAAAGUUUUGUGUUCUGUGCUGCCCUUGAGUCCAGGCCAAGGGAAAUGGUUAAGCGGAGAAAAGGGAGUCCAGGAAACUUGUGUCCAGAUUGGUCCUUACUUUGAGUUAUGGAUUUCUUCUCCAAUCUGCCUGAUACCAUUUAUCUCAGAAUCCCCAGAGUGCCUCCCUGUGCAUUCUGCCCAAGGCCUUACUUGCUUUCAGGAGUUUGGUGGGACCAAGUGAGCAUACCCAAUCUUAACUGGACUUGGACUCCACUUUGCUUAUUAAGCUGCUUUAUCCAAUCUGGCUUCUCACAGCUGAGUGAUAUAAACAGUUCCAUAUUGAUGAAUAUGGUGCUGGCUCUGGAAACCAGCCAAUUAUGCCUGAAAGUGGGGGGUCCACCAUUUUUAAAGAAUAGGGUCAGCUGACAAGGCCUCUGUAAAUGAACAUCAUUGCUGCCGAGAGCUAAAAAUUCUGUCGUUGGUUUACUGUGGAGACCACCAUCUACCCCAGAGGGCUGUGAUCCAGCAGGCCUUGCACAGGGUGGGACCCUGUGACCCUUCAGCUACGAGUGGUGAUAGUGGGAUCUACACUUAGCACAAGUGUGAGACAGGCUUGUACACAUUUCUCUUUGACACUGAGCAUUCCUGGGUGAGGAAAACCUGUGACAAUAUGCUUGCACAGCCUGAUUGCUCAAUAUGCACAUGCUAUAUGAACUUGGGUCACAAUAAAAGGUGUAGGUGAUAAAGUACAGAAACUGUAGAGCACCUCUCUCAGCCCAUCCCUGCAGGGAACAGAGGCAAUGCAACUUUGUGUCUCCCAAGGGCAUACUUUUGCCUAGUUCGGGAAUCUUGGUCCAAAAAAAAAAAAAAAAUUUGCAAGCACGAGGCACUGAGUUGUUGAAAAGAAAAUGGGUUCCCAGAACCUAACAGAGCAGAGUUGCAUCCUCUUCCUGGCUGCAGACCUUCCUCACUUCUGAGCCUUGGUCUCUCUAUGAUGGGGUAAUGCUGUGGAUCUUGCUGUUGAGGUUUAGAAACAAUAUGUAUAGCAAUUUUUAAUAACUAACAUUAAUCAAGCUAUUACUAUGCACUAGGCACUGUUAUAAGUGCUUUAUAGUAUUGGGUAAUUUACACUGCCUCAGAGCUCUAUAAGAGCGUCUGUUUUCACAAAUGAGGAAACCCAAGCACUGGGAAUUUAAGAAGAUUGUGAGUAGCAGAGCUGGACUUCUAAGCCAAGCAUACAGAAGACAGAAUCCCCAUCACAUCACACCGACAUUCUGUUUCCCCACACUGAGGCAGUCAUGGCGAUUUAUCAAGUGUCUGUGCAGAGGAGUUGAAGUCCAUUGUGAAGGAUGUGAGAGGAGGAGGGAAGGGGUAGGAGACGGAAAAGACAGCAUUCUCCGUGAGCUUUGCCAGUACCCACCAUCCCCCUGUGUGCUCAUGAGGACACUCAAGCACUGGGAAUUUAAGAAGAUUGUGAGUAGCAGAGCUGGUGCACCCUGGUACCCCUGAGCUGAACAACAGGCUUUUCUGCAUGACUCCUGUUGCACUGUAGCCCGGGCCUGACUAGUUCCUCUGAGCCCAUGAAGGAAAGAAGGAUGUGAGAAGUAGAUCUUAGUACCCACACUAUUCUGUAAGAUCCAGGCUUCUGUUGGCUUUGAAAACUCAGCAGGCCCUCCCCGGAAACUUGUAUGAUAACUUAAGGAAAGCCUAGCUUUAUGUGGGGGUCGAGAAACGGGCAUAUAUCCAAGAACACAUACACACACAUGACUGUGGGUGGGGGCAUAUGGGAAAGUCCAGGACAGUGGAGGGGAUUUAUAGUCAGGGCCCGGCACAGCUAGGGGGACAUGUAGUGUCCUUCAGGCCGACCCUGCACUUCCUAUUUAAACAACCAAGAAAUUAAAAUCUGAAGAAGGCACAUAGUUUGCUGACAAUCUAUGGCUAAGCUGGGUCCACUUCGCCCUGACUUCUCUCCGCCAUCCUCUUUCUUGCUUUUAAAAUCAUUAGAGAGUGAAGCGUCAUGAUGUGGGGGAGCCCAGUGCCCUCUGGCAUCUUCUAACCAGAUGUUUUCUUAUCUUUCAGCAGUUUCUCAUGAUUUUUCCUCACACUGAUAACUAUCCAAUCAGAACAACAAACUUCUAUCACCCACUUACUAAAAGAACAUGGCUAAGGGUGGGAAAGGCCCCAAGGGCAAGAAGAUUACCCUCAACGUGGCCAAGAAUUGCAUCAAAAUCACUUUUGAUGGGAGAAAGCGCCUUGACUUGAGCAAGAUGGGAAUUACCACCUUCCCUAAGUGCAUCCUGCGCCUCAAUGACGUGGAUGAGCUGGACCUUAGCCGGAAUCUGAUCAGGAAGAUCCCUGACUCCAUUUCCAAGUUCCAGAACCUCCGGUGGCUGGACCUGCACAGCAACUACAUCGACAAGCUGCCUGAGUCCAUCGGCCAGAUGACCAGCCUGCUCUAUCUCAAUGUCAGCAACAACCGGCUGACCAGCAACGGGCUGCCUGUGGAGCUGAACCAACUCAAGAACAUCCGCACUGUGAACCUAGGCUUGAACCACCUGGACAGCGUGCCCACCACGCUGGGGGCCCUGAAGGAGCUCCACGAGGUAGGGCUCCAUGACAACCUGCUGAACACCAUCCCCACGAGUAUCUCCAAGCUCCCGAAGCUGAAAAAGCUCAACACAAAGCGGAACCCCUUUCCAAAGCCAGACGAGUCGGAAACGUUCAUAGACUCCAUCAGGAGGCUGGAGAAUUUGUAUCUGGUGGAGGAGAAGGAUCUGUGUGCAGCAUGCCUGAGAAAAUGCCAAAAUGCCCGGGACAAGCUGAAUAGAAUAAAGACCAUGGCCAUGACAACGCCGAGAAAGGCCAUCUUUUCCAACCUGAUCUUACCCAAUUCCACGGCCAAGGAGUCCCAGGAAGACUGGAGUGCAAAUCUGCAUUACAAACAUCACUGAAUUUACUCACUUGCUGAAUCCUACAAUAGAUACAAUGCAGUACUGGAAUUGCUAUGACAACACCACCAACAACAAAUGAAGAAGUUCAAAAUUCCUUUGCCAUUCUUCUCCUUUAGAAUAUAUCCCAUUCAGGGUGUUAUAAUCCAAAAGCUGUAUUCAAAAUCACUUGAAUCAUUUUUUUUCUCUCUGUGUAAUUAUAUAAUCUAGUUUGCAUACAGUUAAGUGUGUCUGUUUGUAUUUACUUUUGUGUUCCUUCCAUUCUUGCUUUUUACUGUUUUUUCAAUAUAUGAAACAUUAACAUCCUUCGAAAGUAGAAAAAAAAAAAGCCUUUAAGACUUAAAAGGCUUACUGCCUCUACAUUUCACUCAGCCUGGUACAUCUCAAUGCCAGUAGUCUGUGAUAAGUUACAUAGGCAUCAUGAGAUACUGAUAUGGUUUGGGCAUUUGUCCCCGCCAAACCUCAUGUUGAGAUUUGAGUCUCAACGUUAGGAGGUGUUUGGGUCAUGCGGAGGGAUCCCUCAUGAAUGGCCGGGUGCCAUCCUCUUGAUAAUGAGUGAGUUCUCGCUGUAUUAGAUCCUGUUGAAAACUGAUUGUUAAAAAGAGCUUGGCACCUUCCUCUUCUAUCUCUCUUUCUUCCUGUCACCAUGUGAUGCCUUUUCCCCUUCAUCUUCCACCAUCAGUGGAAGCCCCUAUACCCGCACCAGAAGGCAAUGCUGGCGCAAUGCUUCCUGUACAGCCUGCAAGAACCAUGACCCAAAUAAACUUCUUUAGUUAUAAAUUGCUUAGUGUCAAGUAUUCCUUUGUAACAAUGCAAAUGGAUUAAGACAGACACCUCAGGCAACUCCAAUUUAUACAAAAAGUUAUAUAGAAAAAUAUGCUGAAAAUACUACAGAUAAAGUAGAAUUUAUCAAAUAUUUCAGUGGUACAUAGGUAGGCAGGAAAAAGAAAACAGAGAAAUGAACAACAGGAAAAAACAGAAAACAAAAAAUAAAAUGGCAGACUUGUAUUCUAAUAUUUUGAUUAUUACAAUAAAUGUAAAUGAUCUGCUUUAUUUGUAAUGACCACAAAAUGGAAACAACCAAAUAUUGCUCAAUGCACAAAUUGUUAAACAAACUCUGGUAUAUUCCUAUCAUGGAAUACUACUCAGCAAUAAAAAGGAACAGACCAUUGGUACACACAAGGACUUGAAUGUAUCUCAAUGGCACUAUUAGCAAAGAAAAAAUGUCCAUCUGCAAAAGUCACUUAAUGUAUGAUUCCAUAUACAGAACAGUCUCUAAAUGAUAAAAUAAUAUACAUCAAAAACAGAUUCAUGAUUCUCAGGAUUUAAGGAUGGUGGGGGAAGACAGGGGCAGGCAUGACUGUAAAGUGGUAGCACAGAGGUAUCUUUGUGGUGAUAAAAUAACUGUGUAUGCCGAUAGUGAUGGUAGUUACUCAAAUCUAUACGUGAUAACAUGACAAAGAACUAUGCAUAUACAUGUACCAGUGUCAAUGUCCUGGUUCUGAAAUUGUACUAUGGUUAUGUAAAAUGUAACCAUGGUGAGGGGGAUAUUAAGUGAAAGAUGUAUGGAGCCUCUCUACUAUUUUUGCAACUGUGAAUCAAUAUUUUGAAAUAAAAAUUAAAAAAAAAAACAAUCUUACAGCCUAAAUGUAACAACAAUCAACAAUCAACAGAUCCUUAUGCAUCUGCCCAGUGCUGAUUUAUGAGGCCCUAUGGCAAGCUUAAAGUGAGAAUCGGACACGCCGAGUCAGCCUAGAGAUGCAAUUCAGGCACAGAGUAAGGGAAUUCAGGCACCUUAACCUCGGCUCACCUGACUAAUCUAAAAUUAGCCAUUGUUGAUCUUAUUCUUGCAGAUUCCUGAAAGUGUUGCUAAAAUAAAUAGAAACUGCAUGUAUUCUCUAUGUCCCAGGUUUUCUGGAGGUAGCUGGACAUAGGUGGCAACUAGGAUGGGGAAAACCUUGAAUCAGUGGGUUGCUCAUUGCCAUUCCAGCAAUGUGGCUGGGUGGAACUGGAAGGAAAGGGGGCAGGCUUGCUGCAGAGACUGGGGCUUGCAUCAGGCUUUUGCCCUGGAAGGAUCUGAGGUUACGGCUAAGGAUAUAGCAGAGACGAGGCAUGAACCUAGUACAGCCAGACAAAGAUGAAUGUGGAAUGGGGCCAGGGCCAAGGUCUAAGCAUGACCUAGGCAGAAUGGCCAGGUCUCGGAUGCCCAUGGCCCACGGAGCCAACUGUGUGGACAAGCUCCUAGACACUGCAGCACUGGCUGUCACUCUCAUUUUGAGUUUGCAGCCAGGUGCUGUUCAGCUCUGGUUCCAGUGACUCCACUCUCGACACAGAAUAUGAGUAGUUUGAUCUCCACAGUUGCACUCCCAGGGCUUUACUUCAGCAAGAAACCCAAGGACCAUGCUUCUCCGCUCAGUGGUGGAGCCGGCACUACCUUUGCCAGUUAAGCAACUGUGUACCUUACAGACCUGUAGCCAACGGCAUGAAUCUCUAGGGGGCAAGAGUGAAGGAGGAGAAACGCUAGGGCAGGGAACUUGAGCUUUAGCUUCCUCACAGCUAACUGUGGUGUCUCUGGGGUGCGGUUAAUUAUCACAGAAGACCAUAUUCUGAUGGGAAUUGCGCAGGUUCUUAUGGUUGGUUUUCUAAAUUCUUUGUCUUUCAUUAUUUUUCAAAGAAAAUCUCUAAAGAAAACAAUAAACUGAAAAUGUUCAGCUGUAAAACUUUGCAUCCCCAAAAGAAUUUCAUCCUAAACAUUAUAUAUAAAGAGUGUACACAACUAAGAAAUGAUUUCGGCAACUGCAAAUACUCAGGUACAAUCAGGCCCUGAAUAUAAGCACCACCUCACACCCAAAAGAUUUCUCCAGCGGGGACACUUUUGCCUCAGUGAUACGGAUGUUUCAGUUUAUCCAAAAAUAUGUGCUGAGCCCAAGAGAGAUUUGAGGAAAAGAGAACCAGACAGGCAUCCCAGCCUUGUAUUUCUCUGAGUGUUUUAAACUCUGGGCUCAGUAUGAACUGAGGUCAUUAGAAAGCAAUGUAACUGAGACAGGUUAUGUUAGCUUCCCAAAGAAAUGCCUGUACAAAAAUAAGUUCAAAUGAUAGGCUCCUGUUCCUGCAGAGAACUGAUACAGAGAAUUAUAUUUCCCAUCACUCUUUUUUGUAUAUUUUAUUAAAAAGGAAUCACCACCACUGGUACCCACAAUUCCUUACAGAAGAACCAAAUUUGCUAUUCAGCACAAAAAGAAAGUAUGUUCCAGAAAAAAAAAAAAUUCGCAAAAGCCUGUUUCUUAUUAUCUAUCCUUGGAAAAUAGUAUAAGCCAACAUGAUUGUUUGUUUUACUUUUCUUAGUCUCAGGACAAUUAGAGUAACUAAAUCACUCCAAAUGAUCACAUCUAUUUUUUCCCUUUUAAAGGAGUGUUGGGUUGUUAAAGGAUGGUUGUACCCUGUUUAAUUUUGAAGCUGUCUGUAGCCCUUUAUGGAAGGGCAUGAGUACAUUUCAGUGUGAGGAUGUGUGUUUAUCCACAAGUGCAUUCCAGCUAGCUGCCCCCUUUCCCAGCAGCUCCUGCCUUCGUUUCUCCUUUUCUGAUUGGUCCUCUCACAUCUUAAAGAUCCUGCCUAUAUUCAACACCACAGAGCAGGACUCAUCCAGCAGCUCUAGCUGGCAUAUGUUAAAAGGCCCUGUCGGCCUGCAGAACCUUGCACCCCACAGAAGUCUGAACAGGCUGCCAUGCUGUCUUCAAAUGGUUCAGUCCUGUACCAUGGGGACAGGAUUCAUGCAGACUUUGCAAGUAUUUUCCACUUGGAAUCCAGGCUCAGAGAGCCUCCUUAGUAUAUAUACAGUUAUGAAGGCAGCCAUUGUCACCAAAAGCCUCAGCAAAACUCUGACACCAAAAGCUCUGGCUUCUGUACAUGUGGAAUGGUGUCCAAAGGAGCCAUAUGGGUUAUCGAAAGCUGAGGUUCAGGACACGAAAAUCUGUAGCCUAGGCCAAGAGUCAUGACUCUGUUGAAAAUGCUUAGAAUGGCACACACACCUCCUUUAUAGGUAAGAAGUCCACAUUCACUAGAGUGACUAACAAGUAGCUAGGCAUUUUUCAAGACUCAUUCUAUGAUUAUUGCCCCCAGCUAUCAAAAGAAAAAUAAUCAGCUUCAUUCCAGGCACAUGGCAGUAGCCAGCCAAGCCCUCCUAAAGCUGAGGGCUACCACUGCCUUCCCACCCUAGAGUUCCUGAAGCCACAAUUGGGCUGGCAAGAGAAGGGCUGGAGAGGGGGGCACCCUGAGGAGCUGAGAGCAAGGAGAGCCACCUGCUUUUAAUCAGUUGUUCUGUUAACAGGCCCAAACACACAUCAGGUGAUUCUAAAACCAGGAUGAAGGAUUACAAUUUAUUGGGCACCUACUACAAGCCCAAGUCAGCUUGAUCCUGAAGCCCAGGGCUGACUGUUUAUUUAGCACAAUCUCACCACAUCCCCUCGCUGCAUGGGUGGCCUCAGAGCCUAGGGCUGGGACUCUGUGGGGUGUCCGCAUUUCACUCAGGUUCUCCUUCCAUGAGCUGAGACGAGCAUUCCUCUGGAGCACCAUGUACUUUCCCUAGUUGACUCCAGAAGCUUCCCCAAAGGUCUCCAACCUGGAGCUGUGCUGAGACUGUGUCCAGCGUGACCCAGCAUAGCCCUGGAAGACCCUUCUCCAGUGGGAUCAGGUAGCCAUGAUGGCAAAAAUAAUCACAAUGGAAAUAAAAUCAGAAUGGAGCUCAACUGUCCCACAGAAGCAAGCUAGUACACAGGGCGGCACUGCAGGUCAUCAUCAACCUGUGGAUGAGUAAGGAGUCAUCUCCAGACAUCUGACUCAUUCACAGAGCAUCAUCUUCCUCCAACCUGACAAUCAUUUCUGAGGGGCCUCCAACUUAGUGGACACAUCUGGGGGUGAGCAGCUCUUCUGCAUUCCUCCCUCUGCCCCUCCUCUACCUGCCCAUCUCUAUUUGGAGUAGAGGGUAUGUGGAGGAAGGUAUGUGUUUCCGGGAAAGGCAUCACUAAGACUCUGAGGACAAAGGACAAAGAAUGGACAGAGGGCUACCCAUAGUCAUAGGGACAGCUGUGUUGUCGCUGAGUGACAUUACAGAAUAGGUUCAUCCAAGGGUGAGCUGCAGAGACAACAGGGCCCAGUGAAGUGGUGUGUGUCACAGUUGACACAGCCUUGCUCCAGGGAGAGAGAAAGCCAUGUGCAACCCAUGAGUGCUGUGGCAUGGAACUUCCUUCUGCAUGGAGCUGUGAGUAGACCUGCUUUUGUUGACACCUCAGUGCUCACCUCCUUGUGGAUAACAGAACCUUGAUUCUCUCAAAGAACCACAAUCCCCUCAAUUUGGUCUAUGUAGUUGGGUGAGACUGACCCUAACCCCAGAAGCUGGGUGGGCGCAUCUCUCUUACCCGGCCAAUGAAAACAUUUGAUUGGUUCUGGGAUUCUGGGAUGGGCAUGUAAUUAACCUAACUUGCGAAAAUGGCAGUUUGGAAAGUUUCGCUAAAAUUACCGGGAUAGAGCAUGUGUGGUGUGUGCUGGGAUUCCUGUAUGAUUGACUGUCAGUCUGUAGCUGUGGGAGCAUGCAUGCCCCUGUGCUGAGAAUGUCUACUGAGAAUGGAGCCCGUCCAAGCAAAAUCUUCCCUGAGAGAGGGAGAGCCGCCACUUUCUGCAGACUCAUUCUGCCUAGAGGUCCAGCCAUGCCUGCAGCCAGAUCACUUUUGACCCUCAUGUAGAUGUGAUCAUGAAUCCUCUUUUUUUGCUUCAAUUAGUUUGAAAUAGCUUCUACCUUGCACUGAAUAGUGCUAAGAAAUCUAAGUGGGAACAUAAAGGCUUAUAUGGAACAUAAACAAUAUGAGAUCAGCAGCACUGAGAUUCAGCAGAUAUGCACAAUUAGGACUAUCCUGUUGUUAAUUAUUGAACUAUGCCCAUUACAGUUGUUAAACAGCCAUCCCAACUGCAGCGACCCACUGUGGCCCGGGUCCCCUGGAUCAUACCCUGGCAUGCCUUGGACUCCACCACAAUCUAUAAACCAAAGGGUAAGUGCCUGGCACAAUAGGAGCCUCUGCUGGCAGCCUCUGCAACAGGUCUAUUGAAGGUCAUCAAUGACUCUUAGGUUUCAAAGCUCAAUGGUCAUUUCUCAGUUCUUAUCCCACUUGGCUUAUCAACAAUACUUGACCACUCCCACCUUGAAUCACUCUACCUGGCUUCCAGGACAUCUUUCACACCUGCAGUUUCUACUACCUUUCUGGCUACUUCUCCAUUUCUUCAGCUGGCCCUGCCCAUGUCCUUACCCUCUAAAGGUUGGUGUGCCCAGGGCACAGUCCUCUGACCUCUUUGCCACGUGCAUGCAUUCUUGAUAAUCUUACCCACUCUCAUGACUUUAAACACUAUUCCAAAUUUAUGUCUCACCUGAACCUCUCUCUUGAAGCCCAAAUUCAUAUGCCCAAUAGCCAUCAUGAUGCCUCCACCUGGAUGUAUGAUAGGCAUGUCGAAAUUCACAUGUGGCCCUACAGCCACUCUUCCUGUGAUCAUACUGGUUUAAUUUUCCAAUUGCUGAAGCAUAAAUUCUCCAUCUUAGUCCUCUCUCUCAUGCAUGCAUUUCCUGCACUUGAUUUGUCAUCAUAUCCUAUCAAAUGUAUCUUUAAACAUGUCCAUCAUCUGAUCACAUCACACCAUCUUUGCUGUCAUGUUCCUGAUCCAAGCCACCAUCCUCUCUCACCUGGAUUACUGCAAUGGCCUCCAGCAACAGCUUCCUAACUAGUCUCCAGCUUCUGCCUUUGACCCACCACAGACUACUCUUGGCACAGCAGCCAGAGUGAUUCUUAUCAAUAUGUCGGUUCACGUCAUCCCUGCUCAAAACCCUCCAAUGCUUCCUGUCUAUUUGAAAUAAUAAUAACACCAUAAUCUUGCACCAACUACCCUCUGUGACCUCCCUCACCUCCACCCCAACUAACUCCCUGCACUCCACUUUUACAGGCCUCAGCCACGCCCUGCUCUUCCCUGGGUCUAACACAUUCUUUUCUCAGUUAGUUGCAUAACUUUUUCUCCACUUUGCCCAAGUCUUAAUUCAAAGAGUAUUUCCUUGAUAAGGGCUUCACUUGCCACCUCAUCUAAGAUUUCAGUGCCUACCUCUAUCUGCUUGGUUUUUUACACUUACACUUAUAAUUAUCUAAUAUUCUUUAUGGUUCACUCAUUUAUAUUGGUUUAUGUCUAUCCUCAUGAAAAUGUGAAUUCAAUAAGGACAGGAGACUUUUAUUUUUUACUAUUUUGCUUGUUCUGUCAAGCAGCAAAUACCAGGUAUUGCACACUAUUGAUAAAUGAUUUUGAAGGAAUUGGCGAGACCCAUUUUAUACUGAUUGUAAAUAUCUUGAAUGUCAUUCCUGGGAUUCCCUCUUGCUUGGCCCCCACAGAUUCCUGGAGAAAACCAGCAACCAUCUUUUUCUAUUCUCACCCCUAAAUGAAAUAAAAAUACCGACUGAUCUCUAAGUGGACUUCAGAGAACUGGGUAGCUGUAAGAAGGACCUGGGGGAGGGCCAAGCAAUCUGUUCACUGGGAGAGAUGCCCCAUGACAGAGAUGCCUAAAUUAACGUCUGAUUUGUACACCACCAUAUAUGAAGUUAGCUUCUAAGCAUUCAGAAACCCUCAUCACAGGAGGAACAGCCCUGGGGUUGCUCACACACCCCCACGGGAGGGCCUGACCUCCAAGGUUGUGCCUGACUCCACACCUCUGUGCCACCUGCCCAGUCACCAUAGGCAGAGGGUGGUUUCCUGCCAUUUAGGUCUGAAAAAGCCACAGAGCAUGUGGGACUUCAAGUCUGUUCACAAAGGUUUAACUGGCAGAAGGAAUUUCAGGAGUAGGAUGAAGGAUGUACAGGAAUAGGAGACAGAAAAAUCAGGGAAACAGAUGGGCAUGCUCUUGGCAGGACUUCUUUAGAGAAGGAGGAGGUGAGGAGAAACAUCAAAGCCAAGGCAGUGCCAUGCCCAGAGAGCAUGGCUGCCCG